AUGGCGGCGAGCAAGGUGAAAAGCUGGUACAACAAGUUCCACAGCAUAGCGACGGCUUGCUUUGACACUGCCUGUUUCCUAGGAGCUGAGGAGGAAAUCUUGUUCUUGCAGGAUCCACUAAAGCUCAGCCAGCAAGGCUUCAAGGGCUUCAAGAGCGAGGACUUCGUCGUUGUCGAGCUCCCUGCAGACCGCGAUUGCCAGGUGGAAGCGCCUCCACCGCCCCCUCAGCCCAAAAGAAGGCGAGAUCGCGGAGAAUGGGCUCAGUACAGCCCCGAAGACGAUGACUACGACAUGACAGCCUCCACGCGCCCACCCCAAAGUGGUGAGGAACACGUCGCUGACUUGCAGGCGGUGAACCAGAUCCUGCACCUGGCAGGACGCGUCACCGCGGGUGGAGAGAUCCACGUUAUCCAACACUAUGCGAAGGUCAUCCAAGACAUGGAGGCCAACCUCUCCAGCGCUGGGCGAGCAUUGCUGCGCCAGCAGACACGUGGCGAUGCCAACCAUGUUCGCAAACCGUCAUUGGCAACUGCAUCCACCUGCACAGACGAGGAUUGGGAGAGCGUCGAGACCGUCGUCGAGGUGGAGGAUGAGGAUGACUGGCUGUUGCUUAAUGUGCAGCUGUGA